UAAGUGUGGCUAUCUGACGGCGAGACCGAACCCCGAUCCUCUGACGCUCGGCCCGGAUAAGAUCCCUCGAGUGGACACCUACCGCUACCUCGGAUUUCCGGUACGGAGCACGGGGGUCGACUAGGCUACCUACCUCACCGCCCGCAUCGACGCCGCCCUCGGCCACGCCAAAUUCCUCACCCUCGCCUCGGAUGCAUGGGGUGUUACUCAUCGCCUCCGCGUGUACCGGCAAUACCUCGCGCCGAUGUUUGAGUAUGGUGGCCCGUUGAUCCAUGCCUAGUAUCAAUCCGACCCGGAUGCCCGGAAGCAAUGGGUGAAGCGGACGGCGGGGUGGAAGGACCUGAUCGGUUGGGUCGCCAGCGCACAUGGACGCUACCGAAUGACGGCGAAUCUCCUCGGCCUCGCCUACCUAGAGGACCGCUAUCUGCACCUCCAUACCGCAUUCCAAUGGCAGCUAGACCGUACGAUGCUAGACAAUCCCCUGCGUCGCCUCUUGAGCUCGAAGCCGUGUACGCCCUUUGGCCAUGCCUUGCGGAACAGCCCGUGGUAUUAGGAGUGGCAGGCGGGACGGCCUCUUUCGGAAUGCCCGCGACCGUCCUUAGACAAGUACCUAAUAGAUCGAGAGGGCGAGGUAAUCGAACGGCAGAGCAAGGAUGCUCACUUGACGGCGAUCAUACCCUUUACCACUCGCCAGGUCACGGGCUUACGGCACGCGGACAUCUCCUUAACGGCGCCCUUGUCGGAGCAACGUCUACUGUUCUAGUAUCGACGGGGGGUGUUUGGCCAUGGCCUUCGACAUUGCUGCACCCUUGUGGACCGCCCGUUCCGCCGUGGCGACGAGGAGUGUCCGUGCUUUGGUACGCUGACGUACCUGUCCGCCUCGCAGCGCAGAGUGAAGCGACGGCUCGAGGGGAACUUGAGGACGGAGGGGAGGUUUACGGUGGUGGACUACUAGUUAGGGGUGCAAGGGCUGAACCGCGCAAUCCAGAUCUUACGUCUAGUGGACCAGGCUCUGCGUCGGCGUUACUCUUCUACUUGCUUUAAUGCUCAUGCCUUAGAUGCGUAACCCUUCUCUACCUACCUUCUUACUAAUCUAUGACUUUCUUUCCUUCUACCCUAACCCUCUGUCCGCAAAGACAUUAAACUAAGUCUGCAAUGACAGAAAUCUACGGUCUGCAACGACGGA